UGAUGGCGGAGAAGCGUCGUGCCGUAAUGUCCGAUUCAAAAUCCGCGAAAUGUGAUUCGGAUAAUGAGUUUCUGUCGCAGGCCGGAGUUAGCACGCUGCUCAGAGGAGCUCUGCUGAAACUAGUCGAGUCCAGGACGGAGGAUCCCGUCGGAUUUCUAGCCGAACAUUUCGGUAAUCUGUCGUCGGAGGGUGAUGAUGGAGGAUCGGAGCAUCAGAUCGUGAGCAGAGCGCUGUGGCACCUCAGUCUCGCGCAUCACUCACAGAGAUCUGCGUUCAACAACAACAUUGAUGUGGCGUACGAGCUGUUGAUGCAGGGUGGGCCACAUCGCCCCAAUUCUGGAGGGGUCCGCGGGCAACGGUACACGGAGAUGCUCCAGUGCCUGUGCAGUGAGGGGGGGCUCUCGGGCACCACUGCCGCCCCCCUGCUGCGCCGCAUCCAGUGCCACGAUUACGAGGCCGUGCCCUUUGAACUCUUCCGCCAGGGCGUGCUGACCUGCUCUGUGUUCGCCGACUACAUCCGCAAGUCCCAGUGCUUGUACGCGGCGGUGGCAGCGCCAGACAGACCGGCAGAGAGAGCGCUGUGCCAGGCUGUGCUUGCCACUCUCCAGGAGGCGCUAGAAACGGCAGACGGAGCCGAUGUGGCGCGUUACCUGGAGGCCAGUGCCAAGAUCUCACCUGCUAAGCUGGCACAGGCCAUGGCAGAAGUUCACCCACGCCAGCAGGAGGGUCCCACGAUGGACGCGCAGGAGUUUGAAGACGCCGCGGCGGCACUCUUCAUUGCGCGGGUGCGAAUUGUGACCUGAGAGGGCAGCUAAAAUACCUUUUAGUUCUGUUUUGUAUUUAAUUGUAUUAUGUACUUAUUUUACUGACAUUAAACUCAA